AUGGGCAAAGCGGGUCGGGUCGCGUGCAUCUUCACGCCCUAUGUUCUCACAAUCGCCUCGUUGAUUUGUAUCAUCUUGGUCGGCUUGGGCUGUACCAAAUCGGGGUCGGAUACCUUGAACAACCUCUAUUUCAUGCGGAUCAACCUCGAAGAUAUCAGCAGCCAAGGGUCACAGACGGUGACUGAGAUUGAAAACAUUCUCAACGACUACGGAAUCACAGGCGUCAGCGCGCAAGACGUCUCGGACGUUUUGGGAAAACUUCAGGCCGAUAGCUCGCUUGCCGACUUCUAUCAAAUUGGUCUCCUGGGAUACUGCGAUGGAGAUGUUAGCAAGGACAACAAAACAACCGUGACCGAAUGCUCCAAGCCAAAGAGCGAAUUCUACUUUGACCCAUUCGCGGUCUGGGGCCUGGACUCAUCCAGUGGGAAGGAUGAGCUGCCGAGCGAAUACAACAAGAUUAUGAACGUUUACAAGACCGUUUCCAAGUGGAUGUUCAUCGCCUAUGUGGUCGCCUUCGCGGUCACGAUUGCGGAACUCGUUGUGGGCUUCUUCGCCAUCUGUAGUCGCUGGGGCAGCUGCGUGACCACUCUCUUCGCCUUGCUUGCCUUCCUUUUCACCAGCGCCGCCUCCAUCACCGCCACAGUGCUUUUCUCCGUCUUCAAGUCCUCCCUGGGUCCCGCGCUGAAAGCCUACGGAAUCAAGGUCUCAAUGGGGACAAAUAUGUUUGCUGCGACUUGGCUGGCGGUCGCUUUCUCCUUGGGUGCUCUGCUCUUCUGGACUUUCAGCGUGUGCUGCUGCUCUGGCCGCUCACCCUAUGGCCGCGGCAACGACAACAAGCCUCGCGGCCUCACCUCCGAGAAGGCUCCCUAUACGUACGAACCUCUGGGCGCCGGCCAAAUGCCUUACGGUCACCAGCAGCACACUUCCUAUCCCCCUCCAGUUGCGCAUGUCGGAGACUACGGCGCCCCGAGUAACAACAACCAACGAUCCAGUGCUUACGAGCCCUUCCGUCACGCUUGA